GCUACCCCUACGCCCGCCUGAAGUUCCUUGCACAUUAACGCUCUGUAUCCUAUCGGUAUUGGUACCUGACGAGCCGCAUACAUCCGGGGUAGGCUACCAGUCUCUAUUCGAACACAUCCGCAUUAAAGCAGAUUCUCUCCAUCAAUUCCUCACGACUAAGAGUCUGUCUACAAGCACCGUCACUCUUGCAUUUUGAUACUAGGCCCAGCAUCGCCGCUGCUUAUAUUCAGUUUCUAUGUCGUCACAGCAGUCGCCAGAGGAGGAUUUACUCCCUAAAAUAAAGGGCGCAUACCGCUUGCUAGCCCUUUUCACUGAGCAAGGGAGUAAUGGACUGGUUGAUAAAGUCGUCAUCCCCCAAGAUUCCCUUCGAAACCUGAUAGACGUUCUCCGCCCUGGAGCCUUCGAAUCGAUGACAAAUAUCAAUUUUGCUGCGCUCGAUGAAGUUCUGCUCAAGCCUGUCGGAAUCUACGGCAGCAAAUCCCGUAUAGUUGAAUUCCUUGAGGAAGUGAAUGCUAUCGACACACCUACUGCCAAAGAACUUCUGAUGCCAUUGCCUCUUAAUGGAGUUCCUCCGGGUCCCUAUUUAAGAACGGGAAUAUAUCUAAUACUUGAUGGCCUUACCCAACAGAGGGAGCAUUCUAUGGACCUUGACGCAGGUUUGGUGCAGCCUGCCUUCCUUCUCUAUUGGCCCGAGGAAAAUACCUGGGAUGACGACGCUGUAGGAGACAUCACUAGAAAUCGCACGACCUUCAUGCAUUACUUAGGCCAAUUGAGCAACCAAUUAGUCGCGCUUCUUUCCAAGGAGCACGCCGACAGCAUUGUGUGGGAUGGGGAUGCUGCAAAUAUUGCUGAGGGAGAGGUUCCCGACUCAGACGAGAGCGAUGAUGACCUAGUUUUUCAGUUUGUCGUCCAGAAAACUGUUGAACAAGAAGAAAGUGUGAAAGUACAUGAAGGCUUUGAGAUCCCCAUUUCCUCUGAGUUGUUAUCUACGGUAGAUCCAGAUCCUCAACAUGCUGGAGAACUGGAUGUGCUCUUGAAGCCGCGAGUGGUGUUGGGUGACACGCGCCAGGCCUUGCUAGUAACGGAGUUUAUUCCUCAACGCCGCAACCCUAAAAAGAUCACCGCACACAUCAGCGGCAUGGCCCUUCAGAAAAAGCUCACAGACAAUGGGAACUCUAUUCGAUUAGCUGAUGAUCUUCGUGUUGAAGCACUGGAAAUUCUCAUCGAAAAUGGCUUGGAGAACCAUUUUAAGUCACUUUGCGAAGACUACAAGGAAACCAAGAGGCGAGAAGAGCUCAUGGUGCAGCAGGAAUUCCAGUCACUUUGUGCUGGGGCCGAAGAGGCUCUUGCCAGUGAUACACAAAGGCUGGAACAUCACAUUUCGAACCAGCUCGUGCAGCAUUUAGUGAAUAUGUAUCCGUAAGGAGUGAGGUUUUCCAGCUACAUGACUGGCACUUUACUCCAAUUAAUAACAGGCCGUUCGAAGUGGAGUUGGUAUCACAAAUACAAGACGUCACGUAUCGAGGCCCAG